GCAAAGCGAAAGAGGAGGAUUACAGCUUUACAGGGGGGAUUACAAAGGGGACCGGAGCCAUUUCUCCUUGGAAGUUCCUCACCCUUUGCAAAAAUGUCCGGAACUUGUCUGCUACUUCAGUUCUUAUCCCUCACCUGCUUACUUUCACAGUUCUUUCAUACUUGCCUCGGCGAUGUCGGCACGGCGGCCUGGUAUUCUCCCCCAUAUUUACCCACGGCAUGUUAUGGAAGCGACCCCUCUCCAUUCCCAUCAAGCAAUUUGUUUGCGACGGCCGGUGACGGAAUAUGGGACAAUGGCGCGUCGUGCGGGAGGCAGUACUUGGUGAGGUGCAUCAGUGCUUCAAAAAGGGAUGUUUGUGUUAAAGACCAGACAAUUCAGAUUAAGAUUAUCGAUUAUUUUGGUUCAGCGCCUUCUUUGCCGUCAAUUAAUGGCACCACCAUGGUUUUGUCCAAGACUGCUUUCGAGACUAUAGCAAAUGCAACCGUUGCUGAUAAAUUCAUCAAUAUUGAAUUUCAACAGGUAUGAUAUGCGAAAUGGCGUUGGAUUGAUUUGUCUCUCAACUUUCAAUGGAUGAAUGAUGAAGAAAUGCAAUUCUAGAACCUUUUGAUUGGGGAUUUGUAUUUGUAAGAUUUUUUUUAUAUAUAUAUUUCAAUAACGCGUAUAUAAUAUAUCUCAUGUGUCAAUUUUUACUAAAUAAAUCAAAGGGGAGAACCUUUCGUUAUCGCGGAA